AUGCCCCCUACUUCCAAAAACAAGAAAAGAAAAAGUAAAGCCAAACAAAGCCAGAAGAAGCAUCAUACGCAACAACCUACUCUGGAGAAUGCUGAAAUAUACAAAGAAGGCGAGGAUUAUCCCACUUCAAGAGUCAUUAAGAGAGCACCAAACGGUGACGUAAUUGUGGAGUCUAUCCAACCUUCCCCAGAAGAGACAGAUCCCAGUAUGAAAGUCUCCAUUGCAAACAAACAGAAACAAAAGCAAAAACAACAAUCAGCAUCAUUAGCUUUAACGCUGGAUUCUCAUUGGGAGUCUUUGUCGCCUCAGGAGAAAAAAGCUAUUCUUAGAAUAGAGAAGGAGCAGGUGUUACAAAUUAUUAGAAACUAUCAAAAUGAUACUUCUUCCACCUCAUCCAGUAAUACUAGCGGCGGCAGUGGACAUUCAUGUAAUUGCUCUGUGUGUGGAAGACGUCAUAUGGCCAUGGAUCAAGAAAUGGAAAGGAUUUAUAACGUUUUAUAUUCACUCGAUAAGAUAAAAGAUCCUGAAUUGAAUCCUGUUAAAUUUCAUCUUGGUAUAAUUAAAGAGUUACAGAUAUCUAAGAAUAGUAAUAAUUCGAAUAAUCCCCCGACGAUAAAAGAGUCUCAGAGUCAUGAUACAGAACACACUGAUUUUGAUGAUGAUAAUCAAGUGAUGAAGACUUUUCUUUCUUCCAAUCCUGCACAAUCACCAACAAAUGAUAAAGAUUUGAAAGAAGAGGUGCUUCAUUUCAAACAACUAAAACAGAAACAAGCGAUGUCGCAAGGACAUCUUGCAACUCCUGCAGCAGCUCCUGUUUUGAAGCAAGAGAUAGAUGAACAACAGUUACGAGAGAAAUAUUUAAAUUUUACAAAAACAUUCAUAUCGUCUCAUCCUAAAAUUGCCAAGGAAUAUGUGUCUAAAAUGAUGUCAUACCCAGAAAUGCGAUCAUUGACUAACGAUUUAAUGUCUCACGCAUCAUCUACUGCAAUUACCAAUCCUCGUAACUUCAUUACCGCAUUAGAGAAUUUUGUUAUGCCACCUGAUAGUAAUAAUAAGGAUACAGAUACAAAUAAUCCCAGGGAGUUCACGACUAUGUUACAUAACGGCAAACCGUUAACUGCCAAGGAAUACUCCGAUCUGCAAAGAAAUAUAGCUGAAAGAAUGACUUCAUCUUACGAUACAAAGAAGAAAGAAUUUAAUGAAGUUUCUCCUUUAGAGAAAGAGUUGUUUACUAGGUUUAUGUUUGGUGAUGAUAGGGCUCAUUUUGGUGAGUUAGUCAUGAAAUCCUUCAAAGAAAAAUUCAAUCAUGAAUUUGGUGGCAAUUCUGUUAGUGCGUCUCUUGCCGCUGCAGCAGCGGCGGCGGCGGCUGCAACUUCUAAUCCAGAACAUAAUGAAGUUGAGCAUGAAACUGAUCUUUAUGAAGAUGAAUCCAAUCAUGAGGUGUUGUCAGAAUAUGAUUAUGAAGAUGACGAAGAAGAGGAUGACGAAGAAGAUGAUCUAGCCAGUGAAGAUGAUGCGUUAGAAAUGGACCAUGAAAGUUUCCAACAAAUUCAUGACAUUUAUGAACAGAAAAAAAUUCGUAAUGAGAUAAUUGGGGAUCAUCAUGGUGCCCUAACUUCCAAUGUACACGACGAAAAAAAAUAUCCCCAUGAUCAUUCAGGAGAGGCGAUUGACAUGCAUCAUCAACACCAGCAUUAUGCUAACGAACAUGCAUACCACGAAGACGUUGAUGAAGAUUUGGACGUAGAUGAAGAUGAAGAAGAUGAGGACUAUGAUGACGAUGAGGAUGAGGACAAUGACGAAGAGGAUGAAGAUGAAGAGUAUGAUAGUGGCAUCGAUGAAGGUGAACGUCUUGAAGAGGGAAAAAAAUUAAUUCAAAUUGCUAUUACUAAAUUACUUCAGGGUAGAAUCAUGGCGUCAUAUCAUGAGAAACAAGCUGAUGUCAAUAGAUUAAAGUUGUUGAAAGAAUUGGAAGAUGAGAAAUUAAGACAAAAAGAGAGAGAAGAGAAGAAACAAAAAAAGAAAGAGAAGGAAAAGGAGAAGAAGAGACAACAACAAUUGGCUAAAGAGGAAGAGAAGAAGAGGAAAGAAUUAGAACAAGAAAGACUUCGAAAAGAAUCUGAACAACGUGAACUAGAAAGGCGUGAAGCUCAAAGAAAGAAGGUUGAAGAGGCCAAAAGGAAGAAGGAUGAAGAAAAAAAACGCAAACUUGAAGAGCAACGUCGUAGAGAAGAACAGCAGGAGCAACAGAGAAAGGUGAAAGAAGAUCUUAGAAGAAAACGUGAAGAGGAGAAAAAACAGAAAGAAGAAGAGUUGAAGAAAUUGAAGGAUGAAAAAAGACAAGAGCAGAAAAGAUUGCAGGAAGAGAAAAGAUUGAGAGAAGAGAAAAAACUAAAGGAGCAACAAUUGCAAAAUAAAAAGGCUGCAGAAUCUCAGAAGAAAACGGCAAAAAAAACUGUUAAAAGUCUUGAAUCGAAGCAACUUAAAACUAGAACUUCUCAAAAUCCAUCUCCUAAAGAAUCGUUGCCAGAAUUGCCUUUCUCAACUGCAAAGAAAAGUGUUGACGAUGACAUAUUUGCUAUGAUAAAUGCAGCCACGGCAUUAAACCCGUCACGUUCCCCAUCGAACUUGGCCAGAUUUGUUCAACCAAACUCAUCAAUCUCACAUGAUAUUUCACCUAUGAACCAAGUGCAAGGCUCUAACCAGUUCGUCCCCCAGGAUGAAAAUGUUCAAGGUUACGUACAGUCCACAAAUUCUAUGACGUUACCUAAUGGAUCAUAUAUGCAUUCAACUUCUGAGAAUUCGGCUCUUGAUGACAGAUUUUCCUUGGGAUCGUUGACUUCAGCAUUACCGGGAAUGCCUACACAUCAGUUACCUGGUCCACCAGGCAUUGUCCCAAAUGCGCCGUUUGGAAUGCCAUCUUGGAAUAACUUCCCGAAUAUGCAGGACUCGGCAGUGCAACAAUCUUUCCCAUCUAAUAACCAACCGGCAGUCCCAUCCCUCGGUCUUCCAAAUAACCAUACCAACCAAAGGAAAUCAUUGGCAGAUGAAUUACAAUCUUUAACUACCAUGCUAUCUUCUGCGGGUUUAGAUGAUUCCAAUUUUUCGCCACCUGCAACAUUUCAACAAAAUUCGUUAUGGAAUGAUCAACAUCCCACAUUGAGAAGUAACCAAAUUGGUUCUAACACAAAGGCUUCAGUUGGGUCGAUGGGGUUAGAAAAUGGGAAUCCGUCUUCAAUUAACAUGGGCACACCAUCAUUAACAUCUGCUACUCCAUUACCAACGCACAGAAGUUCGAUCUGGGAUACACAUGACGGUAACAAUACUUCAAACAGCGGUACUCUAGCAAUGGAUCACUCUCAUUUAUUAUCUAGUAUUCCAAGCCUUCCAAAUAGUAGUGAUUCUGCCAAUUAUCUGUCAUCAAAUAUCUGGAACAAUAAUUCUGUUCCAUAUGAUAAUAAUAAUAAUAAUAUGAGUCUACCUCGAGGAGCUGUUUAUCCUGUAUCGACCAAUGCAAACGGUCCAAAUAUGUUAGAGACAAUUUACAAGAACUACGUGAAUAUAGCUGCCAAGGACUUGACAACUCAAUAUCUUUCAGUUGACACUCUCUAUCAAAGUCUGUUAGGAGUUGGACUGGAUUAUCCGUCAUUUAUUAAUUGCCUACUAAAUAUGAGGAACUCGUACGGUUGUGAAGUGCUAACAACCCCAGCAGGAUUGAUUAGCCAUGUAAAGAUGAUAGGCCCUGAGCAAGCUACAAGACCCGAAACAAGUUUAUUGAAUGGUAUUCUUGAUAAUGUGAACGAUAGCAUGUCCUUCCAGAAUACCUCAAGUAUGCUGAGUCUUCCAACCCGAACUCCACAUCCAGAAGCCAAUGCCAUUCCAUACAAUGUAUAA